GUGCUCUCUUCAAAGCGCUUGUCGACUGUGUGUAAGCAGGUCAUCUUUGCUGCCAAAAGCUCCAGCGCCUUAAGUUGAUGUUUUACAGGAUCCAGGGAGUCAUUUCAAAACCAUUAUUUCACUCUCUGAGGCGGCUCUUUUUGUUGCGCACUUCCCGAAAACUGACCUCCAGAAUGGCCUUUCUGUACCCACAGGCUUACCGUGACGAGGCAGUUGUGGAUGAUUAUCAUGGCUGCAAAGUACCAGAUCCAUACAGCUGGCUGGAGGACCCGGAUAGUGAAAAGACACAGGCCUUUGUCAGUGCUCAGAACCAGCUGACGCUGCCAUUUUUGGAGCGCUGCGAGGUGCGAGACUUGUUCAAGGAGCGCAUGACGGAGCUGUACGACUACCCCAAGUACAGUUGUCCCUUCAAGAGGGGGAGCAGGUAUUUUCACUUCUACAACACAGGCCUCCAGAACCAGAGUGUGAUGUAUGUGCAGGAGAGCCUGGAUGCUGAACCCACAGUCUUCUUGGAUCCAAAUACAUUUUCUGAUGAUGGGACAGUUGCCCUGCGAGGCUAUGCAUUCUCUGAGGAUGGGGAGUACCUGGCGUACGGGACCAGCGCCAGCGGGUCCGACUGGGUGGAGAUCCGGUUCCUGCGGGUCGAGGGUGCGAUGCCUCUGGAGGACCGCCUGGAGCGAGUCAAGUUCAGCUGCAUGUCCUGGACCCACGAUGGGAAGGGACUUUUCUACAACUCCUACCCAGACCAGGAGGGCAAGAGUGACGGCACUGAAACCUCCACCAAUCUGCACCAGAAGCUGUACUUCCACGUUCUGGGGACUCCGCAGUCUGAGGACGUGCUGUGUGCCGAGUUCCCUGACCACCCCAAAUGGAUGAGUGGAGCAGAGGUAUCAGAUGACGGGCGAUAUGUCCUGCUGUCCAUCAGGGAAGGCUGUGAUCCUGUCAACAGACUGUGGUACUGUGACCUUCAGACCACUCCUCAGGGCAUUACAGGACUUUUGCCGUGGGUGAAGCUAAUUGACAACUUUGACGCCGAGUACGAGUAUGUGACCAACGAGGACACAUUGUUCACAUUCAAGACCAACCUAGACGCCCCGCGUUAUCGCCUCAUCAACAUUGACUUUGCCUCUCCCGCUCAGAGCAACUGGAAGGAGCUCAUCCCUCAACACGACAAGGACGUUAUUGUGUUCGCCACCUGUACAUACUCCAGCUACCUGUUUGUGUGUUUCCUGCACGACGUGAAGAAUGUGUUGAAAAUGUACCGUCUGAGCUCAGGGGAGGAGCUGAGGACCUUCCCGCUGGACGUCGGCUCAGUGGUGGGCUUCACAGGACGGAAGCGGGACUCUGAGAUCUUCUACUAUUUCACCUCUUUCCUCUCCCCAGCCAUCAUUUACCACUGCGACCUGACCAAGGAGCCGCUGCAGCCCCACAUCUUCAGAGAGGUCACCGUCAAAGGCUUCAACCCCUCUGACUACCAGACCACUCAGAUCUUCUUUCCCUCCAAGGAUGGCACUCAAAUCCCCAUGUUCAUCGUUCACAAGAAGGGCAUCAAAAUGGACGGUACCCAUCCGGGUUUUCUGUACGGCUACGGCGGCUUCAACAUCUCCAUCACGCCGAGCUACAGCGUCUCCCGCCUCAUCUUUGUCAGACAUCUCGGGGGAGUCCUCGCUGUUGCCAACAUCAGAGGAGGAGGAGAGUACGGGGAGACCUGGCACAAAGCUGGCAUGUUGGCCAACAAGCAGAACUGCUUCACAGACUUCCAAUGUGCAGCUGAAUAUCUCAUCAAGGAGGGAUACACUUCUCCUUCCAAACUGACUAUAAAUGGAGGCUCCAACGGCGGCCUGCUCGUAGCGGCCUGCGUGAACCAGCGGCCUGAGCUGUUCGGCUGCGCUGUAGCUCAGGUAGGCGUCAUGGACAUGCUGAAAUUCCACAAGUUCACCAUCGGCCACGCCUGGACCACAGACUUCGGCUGCUCGGAAGACAAAGAGCAGUUUGAGUGGCUCAUCAAAUACUCCCCGCUCCACAACAUCCGCAUCCCAGAAGACAAUGGGGUCCAGUACCCGGCAGUGCUCCUGCUGACGGGCGACCACGACGACAGGGUGGUGCCCCUCCACUCUCUCAAAUACAUCGCCACCCUGCAGCACAUCGUGGGCCGCAGCGCUAAGCAGACGAAUCCCCUGUUCAUCCUCGUGGACACAAAGUCGGGCCACGGCGCCGGCAAGCCCACCAGCAAGGUCAUCCAGGAGGUGGCCGACACCUACGCCUUUAUCGCCCGCUGUCUCAACAUUUCCUGGGUCAAAUAACCAGUGUGUUGAGGGGUUUUUUGUUUUGUUUUGUUUUAUUUUCUGUCACUCAAAUCAUCUUUGGAAUACUGUUCACACCAACUGUUCACAUAUUCUUUAUAACAUUACACCAACAGUUAGUACAGGAUAUCUCAUGUUUACCCAGCCACCAUUAGCAUAUCGUUUUUUUUUCCCUAUGUUUGUGUUUAUCUAUUGUUUUGUCUCCCCCUUCCCCCCGACCCCCAGGUGUGUGCCUAUUGGGACACAUACAGAAUAUCUUUCCAGCUGCACUUUCACACAACUUGAAGCCAACAUACAGCACUCACAGCUAACAUACCCUGUUCUGUCAGCCGUGUUUGUGGUCCUGCUGAAACUAAGAAUGACUACAUUAUCAGCGAUGGGUGUGUAAAGGGCGGGGAGGGAGGGAGUGGUACCUUCACGGUUACAGUAAUCAGCCAAUCAGCCGUUAACAGUCAUGAGGUCAAAGUGGCAAAUCUUUAUAUGAAGAUCAUUUCUGUGUCCUCUGGGUGCUCCGACACGAUGCAUCGUAUUAUUUAUUUUUUUUCGUGUGUGCACAGAGUGGAAAAGCUGUUGAGUGUGGAGUGAUCUCGGCUCGCGUGAUACUGACAUCAAGUAUUGUGCGGGCGAUGAUACUGCUAGCUGACAGUAUUGCUGCGGAUGUUGAGUGGGGAAGUUUGCAAAAAAAAAAAAAAAAAACACUUGUGUGCAUGCAUGUGUGUGUGUGUGUGUGUGUGUGUGUGUGUGUGUGUGUGUGUGUGUGUGUGUGUGAGAGCGUGUUUAAAUGUCAGUCCCCACAUUUCUUUCAGACUGAUGAUUUCUACCUCUUGACAUGUGCUGAUUGUUUUCCUUUUAAAGGGAACAAAACACAAUGCCACAGCUACAAUAAACAACUUUUUAAACAGUGA